CAGGUGAGAGCGCUCUUUUUUAUUGUUCUGAGUUCAUAUCUCUGUUACUGGUUUUUUUAACUGAUUUUCUGCUAGCAGGAGAGCCUGUGCAAACCUAGAACUGCUGGUGACUUUGAAGUCACUAUAAAACGUUGGUGGAGUGAUACUCCUUCAAGCUGUAAUGACAUCCGAGAACAUGACGAGACUACGCCCACCAAAUUUAACAAUCCAGUCAAGAUCACACUCAUUCGACUCCAAGUCGAACGCAUUUCUCGAUACGUCUUCUGAAUCAAUAUCAGAAUCUCCGCUUGCAUCGGAUGAUGAGCUCUUGCAACUAUCUUCACCUUCUUCCUCGUCCUCGAGCCCCAUAGCCUUAAACAUUCCUGAUGCAGAAGAGUUAUCACGAGACUUGGCGGCACUUGCUCAGCUACGCCAAUCUGUACAGAAAAAUCUUCGUCUUCGACCAAUCCGUUCGUUUAGCAGAUUACCAAAGACUGCUGUUCCAAGCGUUGCCGCUAUUCCAUGGCGCCAAGAUCAACACCACCGCCAGCGGCAAGUUGACUCAGAUUCUUCUUCUCAAAAAAGUACAAGCAGCACGUAUCUUACCCCCGUUGACAUCCACUUCCCCAGUCCUCCUGCCUCAUCUCCCCCCGAACCUCUAAGCUGUGUCCGGAAGCCUCAGCAACGCUCCGUGUCUAUGCCAUCCCCCCGCGUUCCCACUUCUGCUAUGGAUCCUACUGAAUUACUCAUUCGUCUCGCCUCUCCCACUCGUCCACUCCUCAUCGACGCCCGCACUCACGUUGCCUAUGCCGCGACUCACCUUUUAGGAAGUAUUAAUAUCGCCAUGCCGUCCCUAAUUCUUAAGCGCUCAAAACGCACAUUACCGACUUUCGCAUCACUUCGCCAGUUCAUCACCAAUGAUGAGGGAAAAGAAGUUUUCGAUUCCUGGGACAUUGACGGAGAUGUCGUCAUUGUUCAUGGAGAAGAGACUGAUGAACGGGAGAGAGAUAAUCCGGGCGUCAUUGCAUGGGCCCUGCUUUCAGUUCUUGCACGGUUCCUGAACCCGGACAAGGUGUGGUAUCUUCGCGGAGGAAUUGUAGGUGCUCAACUUCAUGCACGACUCCGAAAGUACAUCAUCAAUGCACCCCAUUCUCCUCCUUCUCCCUCCCAAGCCUCUUUGCAACUGCCAAAACAACCCAAGAGUGCAAAGGGAAGGGCAUUCCUUCAACUCGACACCCACAGCGCUGCUGGGCUCAGUAGCAGCGUGCAGAUCGAACGGGAAGAUCAAGACCAUGGGGGCGAAAUGGAAAGACCAGGACACUCACCAUUACCAAUUAUGCCUGGGCUCUCGCUCAGUCUUGACAGCCCUGUGGAUUCUGACCCUCCACCUUCCAAACUUGCCUUUCGCCGACCACCUCCCCCACGGAAAUCAAAUACCCUCAACGCUGACAGUGUCAAGACAAACGAAAUCAGUGAUGUAGCGAAUGAUAGUGCGGUGUGCGGGCAGACUCUAGCAAAACCCAUCAAACAUGCUGUGACAACUCUCCCGCGGCUUCAUAUUCACACAGCUCCAGCGCGCAGCUCAACGCUCCCUAUUACACCUUCACAACAGGUUGUAUUCCUUCACCCUCCACCCGCAUCCCCGUCGCAUCUCACACUUCUCCAUUCCAAUCACACACCUCCAGCGAGCGCAUUUAACUCGAGCUUUAAUUUCAAUCUUACCAAUGGUAGUUGCCUUGGGAAUGCGGGUCCAUCUCCGCAAAUGCCCAUGACACCAUCUACCGCCAAGCCGACGCCCACAACAUCCACACCCAGUGGCACUUCCUCCGAUGCUGAAAACGAGCGCGAAGAGUUCGUCAUCUCUACGAUCCUCCCUAACUUCCUCUUCCUCGGCCCUGAACUCAUUUCACCUUCACAUGUCUCCGAAUUACAAUCGCUAGGUGUGAAGCGAAUCAUUAACAUUGCGGCUGAAUGCACAGACGAUCGUGGGCUAAUGCUUCGGGAACGGUUCGAGCGGUAUGUGCAUAUUCCAAUGAGGGAUUGUGUCGAGGAGGAAGGAGUACGCAAGGGAUUGAGUGAGGCCUGUGAUGUGCUUGACGAAGCCGCUCUCUACAACGCACCCACAUAUGUGCACUGUAAAGCCGGCAAAUCACGUAGCGUCACCGCAGUGAUGGCGUACCUUAUCCACAGCCACCACUGGCCGCUAGCACGCGCAUACCAGUUCGUGCUAGAGCGCCGCAAAGGUAUCAGCCCGAAUAUCGGGUUUGUAAGCGAACUCAUGGCAUUUGAGGAAGCAGAGCUCGGGCGUAUGACGAAGCCUAAGCCAUCUACUGCAGCGAGUGAAAGUAGUGUUGGCGACGUCGGUGUGGGCACAGGCAGGCGACCAGCGCAUGUCAGAGAGAGCUUGCCUCCAAUGCCUUCAUGGGACCGCGAGGAGGAAGAAACAGGAGAGGAAACGGGCCAAGAUGUGGAGAUAAGGGACCGGGAGGGACGGUAUCGACAUGCCAGGCGGGCUCCGGUGGAUGAGAACACUUUGCAGCCAAUGAGACGAGUGAGCAAGGCAGGUCUCGAGAGUGCUGGAUCGAUACAUGGCGAUGAUAGGGACGAAACGUGAUGCCACAUGAGAACUAGGUCAUACCCUGCUGUUUUGGUGCAUUGUCAAUGGACCAUUCUCUGAUCUCUAUAUAUACUCAACGAAUUACCUUAGACCCAAUGACUUGGCUUACUUUAACAGUCGACUUUGAAAUUGUAACGUCGCUGUUGCCUUCAUUUUGAUAACCCAACCAACUGCGUGAAGCUUUGCGGAAAGCGGUUGCAUUGGCAGGCUCGGUGGUGAAGGGGUUCCUCAUCGAAGAAUCAUGUACAUAAGUGCAAAAAAACCAGCCAUCCAACAACCAGC